UCACUGUCACGUGACUAUACGUAAACCAACCAAUCAGAAAAUAGUAUCAAUACCUAACCACAGUUUUGAGAAAUGGCUGACGACAAGGAAGUCGAAAAAACGAUCGCAGAAGACUUGGUUGUAACCAAGUAUAAGCUUGCAGGACAGAUUGUUAACCGUGUCCUAGAGCAAAUAAUUGCAAAAUGCGUGCCAGACGCGUCCGCACGGGAGAUUUGCGAGUUCGGCGACAGAAUGAUCUUAGAGGAGACAUCGAAGGUUUUUAAAAAAGAAAAGGACUCCAAAAAAGGCAUUGCCUUUUCGACAUGUGUGUCCGUGAACAACUGUAUAUGUCACUUCUCGCCAAUCCCUAGUGAAAGCGAUUAUAUCCUGAAGGCGGGUGAUCUGGCUAAAAUCGACCUAGGAGCACACAUUGAUGGAUUCAUUGCUGUGGCUGCACACACAGUGGCUGUUGGUGGGGGCGAGGUGUCCGGCAGAGCUGCCGAUGUCUUGCUGGCCGCUCACCUGGCCAGUGAAGCUGCCCUGAGGUUGCUGCGACCUGGCAAUGAGAACUACCAAGUCACAGAGGUGAUCCAGAAGAUCAGUGCAGAGUAUGGCUGCAAGCCAGUGGAGGGCAUGCUGUCGCACCAGCUGAAGCAGUUCCGCAUCGACGGGGAGAAGAGCAUCAUCCAGAACCCCUCUGAGGCGCAGCGCAAGGAACAUGAGAAAGCCACAUUUGAGACCUACGAGGUGUAUGGCAUGGAUGUCUUGGUUUCUACUGGAGAGGGUGUGGGUCGCGAGAUGGACACACGGUGUACAAUAUAUAAGAAAACUGAUGAGGUGUAUCAACUGAAAUUGAAGGCUUCGAGAAUGUUCUACAGUGAGGUCCGCAACAAGCACGGCAACAUGCCGUUCAACCUGCGCCACUUCGACAAGGAGACGAGCGCGCGGCUCGGCGUCGUCGAAUGCGUCAACCACAAGCUGAUCGAACCCUUCCAGGUGCUGUACGAGCGUCCCGGCGAGCUGGUGGCGCAGUUCAAGUUCACGGCGCUGCUGCUGCCCAGCGGCACGCACCGCAUCACCGGCCUGCCCUUCGACAAGAGCACCUGCAAGAGCGAGCGCUCUAUCAAGGACCCUGAACUUAAUUCCCUCCUGAACUCUUCAGCAAAAGCAAACAAGAAGAAGAAAAAGAAAACCGGCGCGGAGGAGCCGAUGGAAGUGGAGACUGCGGCCUAGCAACGCUCUCCGCAGCACUACACCAGCUUCCGACCCUCGGACCCAACCCAGGACACUGGCAUACUCCAUAUCUCUGACCGAGCCAACUUGUCUAAUUGAGAUUAUCCCGUACUUCUCAAUGUUACUACGAAUUAGAUGUGACACUCAAAGCAAGCCAGACAAGACGUUUCUUUUUAUACAAAUAUGUGACCAUAAUAACAUAUAUCAAUGAAAUUACUUUUUGUAUCAUUUAGUACACAUGUCAUAAAAUAUUCUCAAACAAAUACCUAUUUCUUGUCUCUGGCUAGUCACCUGACUUUGUAGCAUAGUACAUUAUUCUUCCCUUGAAUAUUUUGGCUCAACUCAAUACUUGAAAAAUUACAUAAUAUUUUUUACCUAUUAGAUGUUGUACAAAAAAUGUCUGUGGGAUUUCUUAUUUACAUUACAGCUGCAAUUAUAAAUAGCAAUGAUUUCUUUCUUUACUACUCUGUUCAAUUAAUAAAUUUAUAAUGAUUAUAUUCUUGACUAAAACAUUUAAAGCGACGUUAAUAAUAAUAACUGUACAUAAUAAUGUGUGACUCCCACUUCUGUUAAGCAAUGAAAUAAAAGCAUAAUGUAACAACAGGCUGCAUCAAGACCAUUCCUUAGUGACGUUGUUUGUGAUUGAAACAUUGUGACGUGCACAAAUCCAUUCUCUAUUUUUCACUUACUUAGUGUAUUUGUAUUGACUGUGUUUCCUGUUCCCUGUUUUAAGGAGUCCUUAGACAGUUUCAUAUACAUUUUAAUAUCAGAAAAAUAACAUAGUUGUUAGGCUGAUUUUACAGUAAUCAGGAUUCCUGAAAAACUUUGCCAUUUGUGAUUCAAGUGCGUGUGUGUACAGUCAGAUUCAUAAAUAUAUUGAUUUAUAAGCAAUUUGUUGGAAAAGUCUUGAUGGAACAAUAACUUUAAUAUUUUUGAAUUAUAUAAUGUAAUGAGAAUGUGGAGAGUAGUAAACAUUUUAUAUUAGCAUAAGUCUCCAUUAUUGUAUUGUAAUUUGAUGGGAUAUCAGUAUGUUUAUGGGCUGGCAGUACUGGGAAUAAGUCAACAAGUUGUAAAAUAUGUGACACUGAGAAAGGAAUAAAUCAAACUGUGCCACAAUUGUGGGCUGUUUUUGUA